GAUCCUUUCGCAUUUUUCACUAAGAAGAGAAUUUAUCAAGUUGAAGUAAUCAUUCUAUCUUGCUCUUUCAGAGCCACGUAUAAAGUUCAAUAUGUCAUUUGAUAUAGGCUUGAGACCGUUAUGAUUAUAUGACGUACAUGUUUACAUAUAGAGAUUGUUAGUCAAUUUGUCGAAUCCCCACCAACAGCGCCGAGACUACUCACGCGUCGCCUAUUGUAUAUCAAAGGUCGUUUUAAGUUGUUCGUAGAUAAUUUCUUAUCUUACAGUGCUUAACUCAUACUCGUGCUUUUUAAUAAAUGAGAACCUGACCGUGAGCUAUUUCGCCUCGGGUCGUGUUUUUCAACGAAGAGGAAGACAUGAGUACCCAUUAUGGAGGUGAUAGAAUUGUUUGACAAGGUGAACGAAAGUCUGGGAUCAUAUACAUUCUCAAAAUGGAUUGGAAGAUUUAUAGAGGAUUAUCAGACAUCAACCACACUCCUUGUUACAAUUGUUGCAUCUCUGCUGCUUAUUCUCUUAGUUGUAUUAAUUUUUGUUGUACGAAAAUGGAAGAACAAAGAAUUUUUGCCGGAGGUGAAGGAGUUUGUUGGAGUAGGUACUGGGAAACCGAGAUUCAGAAAAAGGGAUAAAGUUCUUUUUUAUGGGAGAAAGAUGUUGCGCAAAGUAAAGUCUAUCAGUGGCCAAGUCCAUGCUACCGGACAAGGAAAGAAAAGGAGAGCAGUCAUGAGAUUUGCUCGUCGCUUAUUACAACUUAAGAAGGAGACUGCUCCGCAACAGCUCAAAGUAUUGGAACCACCUGCCGAAUAUUUGGAGGAAGAUUUAGGACCUGGUGAGAGAGUGCCACCAGAUGCACUAUAUAUGUUACAAAGUAUUAGAGUCUUUGGACAUUUCGAGAAGCCUGUGUUCCUAAAAUUGUGCAAAUACACAGAAAUUAUGAACUUACCUGCUGGUAGCACAUUGUUCAAAAUCGGGGACCCCGACGAGAAUUUAUUUAUAGUGCAACAGGGUUUAGUCAAUGUAUAUAUUACUGGGCCUGAUGGUUCCCAAAUAUCGUUAAAAUUAGUCAAAACCGGCGAGUCAGUUACCAGUCUUCUUAGCUUUACUGACGUACUUACCGGGCAUACAAGUACAUACAAAACUGUGUCAGCGAGAGCUGUAGAAGACUCUAUCGUAGUCAAACUACCAAUGAGUGCGUUCCAAGAAGUGUUUCAAGAUUAUCCUGACGCAUUUGUACGAGUUAUCCAAGUCAUCAUGGUGCGUCUGCAGAGAGUUACUUUUACUACCUUACACCAAUAUCUCGGUCUCUCUGCGGAGUUAGUUAAUCAGGGAACACACAAGAAGAAGCAAAGCCCAUUCUCCGGUUCGCCGGUACGCUCGAGAACCAGAGAGAACUUUACUUUGCAGAGCACCGAAGGUGGAUCUGCUGUUCCUGGUACGUCGGAAACGCACGAUCCUAGCGAUGUCUCUCAUGUACCUGCAAAUCCAAGCGGUUCCCAAUCUGUUAACGUGAAUCGCCGAGCGAAGAGCAACGAUUGGAAGAAUCAUAGUUUCAGCUCGCAACUAAGUCAGAAUUCAGCGGACAUGGUGCCGGAGUGUGACUCUCACUGGCCCAAUUCGUCUCCCACAACAUCGCAGCCCAUUCAAGGAUCACAUUCUGAAGCUGCUCACUCGGGAAACAGGAAGCGUUCGACCAACGAGGCGGUGCAACCGCAGCAGCAGUUGGACGAAUCGCAGCUCGUGCAGAUAGCCACUGAUGCUUUCGUCCAAGAACUCGGCAUAGAGGAUGAGACGCUGCUCAAGGACAAAGUGCAGAUCAGGGAAGUGCCGGCUGGUACCUAUCUGAUGAAGGAGGAAUCGCACAAAGACGUUGCGCUCGUAUACGUGCUCUCGGGCUCACUGAUAGUAAGCCAACGCGUGUCGGAGAGUAGGGACGCCUACCAAGAAGUCCACAUGUUCAGCGCUCAUCAGGGCGAGAUCGUCGGCGGCUUAGCGGUGCUUACCGGUGAGCCGUCCUUUUACACCAUCCGGGCGAAACAUCCCAGUCGCAUCGCACUAAUCAGCAAAACAACGUUCUUCGCUAUCAUGCGAGAUCAACCCACCGUCGUGUUGCAUGUGGCGCAUACCGUUGUUCGUAGAUUAAGCCCGUUCGUAAGGCAGGUGGAUUUUGCCCUUGACUGGUUGUUCCUUGAAAGCGGAAGAGCCGUUUACAGACAAGGAGACGAGUCAGACUCGACGUUCAUUGUGUUAAGCGGGCGAUUGCGCUCGGUGAUUACUUACAAGGAUGGCAAGAAGGAGUUAGUGGCGGAAUACGGAAAGGGCGACUUGGUAGGGAUCGUAGAGAUGGUCACGCAGACCCCGCGGUCGACGACCGUCAUGGCGGUGCGAGAUUCUGAACUGGCGAAAUUACCGGAAGGUUUGUUCAAUGUGAUCAAACUCAGAUAUCCGAUUGUCGUUACAAGACUGAUCAACCUCCUCGGUCAUCGUAUACUUGGUACGUGGCAGCAAGCGCACACGAAGAACCACAGCAAUGAUACUCAGCGAGCCGCGGCGACGGUGGACGCAAGGCCGGCCCAAGUAAAUUUCUCAACUGUCGCAAUAGUACCUGUGUCGGAUGACGUGCCGUUGACCGCCUUCACUUACGAACUGUAUCAUUCUUUAUGCGCCAUUGGUCCCUGUCUUCGUCUAACGUCGGAAGUCGUGAGAAAGACUUUGGGAACGAGCAUCAUGGAGCCCGCGAACGAGUACCGGUUGACGUCUUGGCUGGGACAGCAAGAGGAUCAACACCGGAUCUCUCUGUAUCAAUGCGACUCGAGUUACACCCUGUGGACUCAGCGAUGUGUGAGACAAGCCGACUGCAUCCUCAUCGUGGGUCUGGGCGACCGGCCACCAUCGAUCGGCCGAACGGAGCGCGAGGUGGAGCGACUGGUAAUGAGAACGCAAAAGGAGCUGGUGCUGUUGCACAAGGAGCAGAACGGUCAGCGACCCACGAACACGGUUCAAUGGCUGAACAUGAGAUCGUGGGUGUCCAGCCACCAUCACAUUCAGUGCCCGAAGCGCAUGUUUACCAGGAGAUCGCAGUACAGAAUUAACGAGCUGUAUUCCAAGGUGCUGAUGUCCGAGCCGAAUGUGCACAGCGAUUUCAGCAGACUGGCGCGGUGGCUGACUGGCACGUCAGUUGGUCUCGUAUUGGGAGGUGGUGGUGCCAGAGGCGCAGCCCACGUGGGCAUGCUCAAGGCCAUCGUCGAGGCGGGAAUACCCAUAGACAUGGUGGGCGGAGUCAGUAUCGGCGCCUUUAUGGGCGCGUUGUGGUGCAUGGAGAAGAAUAUCACCACUACUACGCAGAAGGCCAGGGAGUGGUCCAAGAAAAUGACGCAAUGGUGGCGGCAAAUUAUGGACCUGACUUAUCCGAUGACCUCGAUGUUCUCCGGCAAGGACUUCAACAAGACGAUACAGCAGACCUUCAGCGACACAUACAUAGAGGACCUCUGGCUCCCGUAUUUCACUAUAACCACAGACAUCACGGACUCCUGUAUGCGCACGCAUACACACGGUUUACUGUGGAGAUACAUUCGCGGCAGUAUGACUAUUGCGGGAGUCUUUCCUCCCAUUUGCGACCCCAUUGACGGGCACCUUUUGGUCGACGGGUGUUAUGUUAAUAACGUGCCAGCUGACGAGAUGCUACGGCAAGGAGCGCAUCACAUUCUGGCCAUCGACGUCGGUUCACAAGACGACACCGAUCUGACGAAUUACGGAGACUCGUUGUCCGGCUGGUGGCUGCUGUGGAAACGGUGGAAUCCAUUCGCUACGCCAGUGAAGGUGCCGAAUCUGCCGGACAUCCAGUCCAGACUGGCGUAUGUGAGCUGCGUUCGCCAGCUGGAAGAGGUAAAGACCUCCGACUAUUGCGAAUACAUCAGGCCACCGAUCGACAAGUACAAGACCCUCCAGUUCGCCAACUUCGACGAGAUCAAGGACGUAGGCUACCAACAUGGUGAGAAACCUGGCGUAUUCACCGAAAAUGUCGAACCGCUGGAACUUCCAUUAAUCUUUCCCUUUUCAAUCUACGGGAAUUCCGUCUUAUGUAAAACGUAUUUCGAGGGCCAGUCGAAAGCCGGAGUUCUGCCUCGAUUCAACGCGGAUCGAGAGAAUGCGAGAGCUAUGCAAGCGAAGAAUCAGGCGGCGAAUCAACAGUCAGUCUCCUCGUACACUUUCACCGAUCUCGCGCAGAUGGUGUGCAAAGUUUCACGCGGCAGCCGGUAUGUCGAUCUCGACAUCGACUCCGACUCGGACGAACUGGAGGAGUACGAGGCGGACCUGGAAGAAGACGCGCAGGAAGUAGGAUACGCGUCUGAACCCACUGCUGGUAUCUUAGAUCAGAGUCCUGAGGAUAAUCGCCUGAGAAGGAGAACUGGCGUUUCACUUAGCCUGUCCGACACCGAGGCGGAGUCGGAAUUAGAUUAUCAUCCAAAGAUCUUUUAAGUAGCUAUUCGAGAUUCAUCCGCAACCGACACGUCUGCCAUUUAGCACAAAUCUAUAUGUUACAACAAAUGAUAUUUUUUUUUUUUUUUGCUAUUGAUACUAUUAAAUAUAUAAUUCUACGGUUUCUAAACGAAGAAUAUUACUUUCAUUGUCGCGUCAUAACCCCAAAUAUGACGUGCCAUGUUAUUGAUUUUUUUCGGAUACCUUUCACGUCCUCAGAAUUGCCUUCAAAAUUCUUCUUGCUCUUUUUUUGGGGGGGCAAAUUCGUAGGAAAAUAUUACGUAAGAUAUAAACAAUUUUGAACAUUGAAGAACAAGAAACCUUUAACCCCUUCGCUGCCGACACUUAAACUGCACAAGUGAAUUCAAAAUGUCCAGCAUAAUGACUAAUGAGCCAAUUUAUGACCAAUAUAUAUGUAUAAAAGGUUUUCGAGAUCGCUGAAUAAAAAAACUGCUGCUGUUAAAAUUGAUUAAAAACCAGGAUGGCUGAGAUCCAAUACGGCAGACAACAGGCUGAA